AUGGAAAAGACUUUGUUUGCGCUUAAAGAGUCACAAAGCAUUCACAUUUCUUUGGAUGAUUUAACCAAAUGUGGAGUGAAAGAUAAAAUUAAUAUUCGAGCAUUGCAAAACGAUUUGGGUCCAAACGAAGACAUAACCGCAGUUUAUGCGAAUAAAAAAGAUUUUGAACAAACCGAAGGUGUAAAACAAGCUUUCUCAUCUGCACCUAAAAGCGAUACUGAAUGUGGGCCUAUUGAUGGCAUACCUGACAUCUCAAAACCUAUGCCAAACGGAGAAUCAUUCAACAAUUUGUUUUUUAAGGAAAAUAUAAGCCCUAAGUACGAAACAUCGCAUAAUAAUUUGGGUAACAUGGAAGACUUAACCCCACAGUGUGAGAGUAAACAUCAUUCUGGACCAACCGAUAAUGCAAAAGAAGCUUUCACACCUGAAGUUGAAACCAAAAAUGAAUGUCAGUCUAUUUUGAGCAUAUCUGACUUUUCAAAACCAAUAUCACGUAGAAAAUCCCUUAACAAUUUGCCUUUUAUGGAAGUAGUAAUAACAGAAUAUGAAAAUCAAAAUAGUUCUCAACCAACUGAUGAUAUUAAAGAAAAGGUCACAUCUGCAAAAAUAGAAAAUCAAAAUCCCUCUAAACCAGGUGACGAUAUCAAAAAAACGCACACAAUGAAACAGAAAAGUGAAAGUAAGGUUCUUAAUGAUUUGGACCAUACAGAAGACGUAACAUUAGUUUUUAAUCAGCCAAAUAAUUCUAAAUCAACUGGCAAUAUAGAAAUAGCUUUCAUAUCUCAAAAAAAUUAUAACGAAUAUGAAUCGCUUGAUAAAAUAUCUGAUAUUUCAAGAUCGAGAACUCAAGUGCCUAUCAAUUUGGCUAAUGAGGAAUGCGUAACCACAGGUUAUGAAAAUAAAAAUCAUUCUGAACCAAUUGAUGAUAUAAAGGAAGCUUUGAUAUAUGCAAUCAACGAAGAAAAUGAACUAAAGUCUAUUGAUAGUUUCAGUGAUAUUUCACAAUCCAUGUCUUAUGGAAAAUCCCGCUACAGUUUGGUUAAUAAAGUAGACGUAACCCCACAGUAUGAGAGUAAACAUCGUUCUGAACCAAUUUAUGAUACAAAAGAAGCUUUCACUUCUGAAGUCAAAACCAUAAACACCAUCGAUGCCAUAUCUGAUUUUUCAAAGUCCAUAACAUCACUUAACAAUUUGGUUUAUAAGGAAGUAGUUAUUACAAAACAUGAAAAUCAAAAUAAUUAUGAACUAACUGAUGAUAUCAAAGAAACGGCCACAUCUGAAAUGAAGCAGGAAAGUGAAAGUGAGGCUUUUAAUGGCGUAACUAGUAUUUCCAAACCAAUAAAACAUGAAGAAUCCCUUAACAAUUUGGCUUCUAAGAAAGUUGUAAUUACAGGAUAUGAAAAUCAAAACCAUUCUCAAACAUCCGACGAUAUCAAAGAAACCGUCGAAUCUACAUUAAAAAAAAAAUAUGACAGAGAGGCCUUUGAUAGAUUAACUGAUAUUUCCAAACCCAUAACCCAUGAAGAAUCGCUUAAUAAUAUGGCUUAUAAGCAAGUGGUAAAUACAAAAUUUGAAAAUCAAAGUCACUCUGAACCAGGUGACGAUAUCAAAGAAACGAAAACAUCUACAACAAAACUGGAAAGUGAAAGUGAGUCUUUUAAUGAUUUGGAAUCAACUAGUAAUGUAAAAAGAGCUUUCAUAUCUGAAAUAAAAAAUUAUAACGAAUAUGAAUCACUUAAUAAAAAAUCUAACAUUACAAGAUCGAUAUUUCAUGGAAAAGCGGGUAACAAUUUGGCAACACCCAUUAAUUACAAAAACAAUUCUGAAUCAAUUCAUAAUUUGAAAGGUGCUCAUACAUCUGAAGUGCAAGAUGAAGCGGCCAACAAUUUGGCUCAAAAUAAACACAUAACUAUCGUAUGUAAAAAUAAAAAAGAAUUUGAUUUAAUUACUAAUGUAGAGGCUUUCACAUCUGAAGCCGAACACGGAAAUGAAUGUGAGCCUAUUGAGAGCAUACCUGAUAUUUCACAACCCUUAUCACAGAGAGAAUCGGGUAACAAUUUGGAUAACAAGGAAGGGGUAACCACAUUUUAUGAAAACAAAAGUCAUUCUGAACCAACUGUUGAUGUGAAAGAAGCUUUCACAUCUGCAAUCAACAACGGAAAUAGACCUAAUUCUGUUAAUAGUAUCUCUAAUAUUUCACAACCUAUAUCAUAUGGAAAAUCGCGUAACAAUUUGGUUUUCAAGGAAGACGUAACUAAAAUUUAUGCAAAAGAAAGUUUCGCAACUCAAAUCAAAAACUAUAAAGAGAAUGAGUCGGUCGAUAAUACUUCCGAUUUUUCAAAGUUUUUUAAUCACGCAGUAGCGUGUAAAAAUUUGAUUCUCAUAAAAGAAAUAACCACAAUUCAUGACAAUAAAAGCCAAUUUGAGCCAACUUGUUAUGUUAGAUGUCAGUCCCCAUUUGAAGUCCAAAACGAAGCGCCUAACCAUUUGACACAAAACAAAGACAAAGCUGAAGUUUAUGACGUUGAAAAAGGGUUUGAACCAAUUGAUGUUGUAAAAGAUGCUUUAAUAGGUGCAACCGAAAACAAAAAAGCAUUUGAGCUUAUUGAAAGUAUAUCUGAUAUUUCACACCCCUUGAGAAAUAGAGAAUCUCGUAAUACUUCGGCUAACAAGGAAAUCAUAACCACAGUUCUUUCUGAAUCAGAUGAUGAUGCUAAAAAAGCUUUCAUAUCUGCAUUGAAAAUCGUAAGUGAAUGUGAUCCUUUUGAUAGCAUACCUGUUAUUUCAAAGCUCGUACCAGAUGGAGAAUCGCCUAACAAUAUGUCUUAUAAAAAGGGAAUAUUUGCAGGAAAUGAAAAUCACAAUUAUUUUGAACCAACUAAUGAAGUCAAAGAAGCGAUCACAUCAGCAAAAAAACUGGAAAAUAAAAGUGACUCUCUUGAUGGCGUAACUAACAUUUUAAACCCCAUAACAAAAGAAGAAUCGGGUUUAAGUUUGGUUCAUACGGAAGACAUAACUACAAUAUUUAAUCUGUCAAAUAAUUCUGAGUCAACUGAUAAUGUAAAUGAUGCUUUCGCAUUCCAAAUAAAAAAUUAUGUGGAUUAUGAGUCGAUUGACGGAAUAUCUGAUAUUUCAAGAUCGAUAGCUUAUGAUGAAUUGCUUCACAAUGCGGUAACUCCAGCUCAUGACAAUAAGAAAUAUUUUGAACGAAUUUAUAAUGCGAAAGGGGCUCAUAUGUCCGAAGAGCAAAAAGAAGCCCCCAACAAUUUGGCGCAAAACGAAGCCAUAAACGAAGUCUAUGAGGAUACAAAAGAUUUAGAACCAAUAAAUGAUGUAAUAGAGGCUUUCGCAGGUAAAAACGAAAACGUAAAUGUAUGUGAGUCUAUCGAUAGCAUAUCAGAUAUUUCAAAGCCCGCACUACAUGAAGAAUCACUUCACAAUAUGUCUCAUAAACAGGGAUUAAUAGCAGGACAUGAAAAUCAAAAUCUUUCUGAACCAACUGUAGAUGUCAAUGGAAGGGUCAAAACUGCAAUGAAUGAGGAAAGUGAGUCUGUUGAAGGCAUAACUGAUAUUUUAAACCUCAUAACACGAGGAGAAUGGGGUUUCAAAUUAGUUUUCACUAAAGACAUUACAACAGUACAUGAAAAUACAAAUCAUUCUGGACCAAUUGAUGACGCAAACGAAGCUUUCACAUCUGCAAUAAAAAAAACAAAUGAAUGUGCUGAUAGCGUAUCUGAUAUUUCAAAGCCCGUGUCACAAGAACCGUUCAACAAUGUGUCUUAUAUGCCUGGAAUUGCAGAUGAUAACAAAAAAACGCUCACAUCUUCAAUGAAACAGGAAAGUGAAUUUGAGCCUACUGCUGGCAUAUCUGAUAUUUCAAACCCUAUAGCACAUUUGGUUGAGAAAGAAGACGAAAGCCUAGUUCAAGAGAAGACAAAGCUUUCUGAGCUAACUGAUUAUGAAAAAGGAACUCUCAGUUUUGCAGUCAAGCUCGAAAAUAAAUGUGUACUUGUUGAUGGCUUAUCUGUUAUUCCAAACCCUAAAGCAGAUGAAGAAUCCAUCAAUGAUUUUGUUCCCAAAGCAAGCGUUACCCCAAUAGACGAAACCAAAAGGAAUUCUGAACCACUUGACCUUUUAAAAGAGGACUUUAAAUUUGCAGGAAGAAGCGAAAUAGAACGAGAGCUGUUUAAUGGAAUAUUUCACGAGACAUGUGAAGAAAAAUCCGUUGGAUUGGAAACGGUCGUUACUUUGCAUGAACAAGGUAAAAAGGAAGAUGAAGAGAAUGGUUCCAACACUGAAAAAGCAUGGAUAAAACAAGAAGGAAAUUGUAAUCUUUGUGAUGGAUCUCAUUCUACAAAAAAUAGCAAUAUAAAAUGGUUCGUGGGAACAGAACCAAUUGAAACAUCUGAGGACAAUACACCUAUAGAUAUCAGUGCUUUAAGUUGUAGAGCAACAACACCGAACUUAAAGGAAGCUUCAACUAUUUUGACUAAUAUCACAGACGAAGGAAAUUGUAAUCUUUGUGAUGGAUCUCAUUCUACAAAAAAUAGCAAUAUAAAAUGGUUCGUGGGAACAGAACCAAUUGAAACAUCUGAGGACAAUACACCUAUAGAUAUCAGUGCUUUAAGUUGUAGAGCAACAACACCGAACUUAAAGGAAGCUUCAACUAUUUUGACUAAUAUCACAGACGAAGAAUCCCUUACUAAGGAAGAACCUCAAAGUGAAGUUUACCAAAAUUCGAAAUACAGUUUUACAAACAUGAACCUUAGCACAGAUUGUGUUUUGAAAUGGCUUUCAAGAAGACAAAACUCGAUGCCAGUACAGAUUGACUCAGAAAUCUUUCGUGUAAUUCCCAAGCAUAUGCGCAAGCGAAUCAAAAGUGCGAACGGAUGUAAAACUCAAAACAUCACUUAAGCUUUUAAAAAUUGGACUUAAAAUUUUGACUUUUAAAAAAGUAAUAAGUGAAUUAAA